AUGGUAUAUAAAACAUCAACAUUGUUACAUUCUCCAUCAGCUGAUAAAGAUUGUUUACAAAAUUUAAGUGCUUAUUCAUUAUCAUCCUCUAAUACAUCUAUUCAUGAAUUAUCUUCUGAUAGUGGUUGUAGUAGUUCUUCACAACCAAUAUCAACAGAAUGUUGUCAUGUUGAUGGAUUAUGUCAAAAAUAUCGUUUUAUUUUAGAAAAUAUUGAAGAAAAGAAUAAUCUUAUUAAAAAUCUUGAAUAUAUAAUAGAUGAACAAGAAACAGAAAUUGCUUCACUUAAAAAAUUUCUUAAUAAACAUUCAAUUACAUAUGAUAAAAGUUACCAAGUUUUAGGUGGUGAUUCACAACAUGGAGAAUAUGGUGAACAAAAAGUUCUUAAAGGUAUUUCAUAUUUAUCUUUAGAUUUUGCCAAAUUAAGUGAUGAAAAUUUGGAAUUAAAAAAAAAUUUACAAAAAGCAGAGAAGGAACUUGAUAGAUUAAAACUUACAAAUAAUAUGACAUUUGCGCAAAUACCAAUUAUGGUUGAUAAAGAAGUUCAAGAUGAUAGAGAGUAUAAAAAUAUUAAAGAAAAAAACAAAUUACCAUUUGAUUUAUCUAUAUAUAAAAAAGAUAUAUUAUCAAAAAUAACAAAUUUUAAAAAUGAAAAAGAUGAAUUUGAAAAGGCAAAAAACCAGUUAUUAAGAGAGACAAACAAUUUAAUGAGACAAGAGACCAAUAAAAUAAUUGAACUUUUUAUGACAACUUUAAAUAAUCUAUCAAAGAAUUACAAAAAAGAGAUUGAGCGCAGGAAGAAAUUACAUGAUGAAAUUGUUAAAUUAAAAGGAAAUAUUAGAGUUUUUUGUAGAAUAAGACCAUUUAAUACUGGUGAAGAGUAUGAUAAAAAUCUUAUCACAACUGAUCCUUAUGAUGUUGAUCAACUUACUAUAACAAAUGACAAUGGUUCAAAUAAAAAAUAUAGUGUUGAUAAAGUUUUUAAAGAAAUUGAUGAUCAAGAAAAUAUAUAUAAUGAAAUUAGUCCAGUUGUGACAAGCUGUAUUGAUGGUAAAAAUGUAUGUAUUUUUGCUUAUGGACAUACUGGAAGUGGAAAAACAUAUACAAUGGAUGGUCCUGAUUCUAAUCCAGGAAUUGUUAAAAGAGCAAUAUCUGAAUUAUUUAAAAUUUUAGAUGAUCAAAAAGAAAUUUUAGAAAGUAAAAUAACAGUUUCAAUGAUUGAAAUUUAUAAUGAAAAAAUAAGAGAUCUUUUUUCUCCUGGAGGUGAUAAUUUAAUGUUAAAACUAGGUGAAAAUGGUAAACAAGAAAUAAGAGGUUUAAGUGAACAAGAAGUUACAAAUGUUAAUAAUGUUGAGGAUUUAAUAAAAUUGGGAAGAAAAAAUAGAUGUGUUGCAUCAACAGCAGCUAAUGAAACAUCUUCUAGGUCCCAUUCAAUAACAUUAGUUAAUGUUAUAACUAAAAAUAAAAUAACUAAUGUUGAAUGUAAAGGAAAGUUAAAUUUAAUUGAUUUAGCAGGUUCUGAACGUGUAUCAAAGUCUCAAGUUGUAGGACAACAAUUAAAAGAAACACAAUGUAUAAAUAAAUCAUUAUCUGAAUUGGGAAAUGUUGUUUUAGCUUUACGUGCCAAAGCUUCACAUGUACCAUAUAGAAAUUGUUUAUUAACAAGAUUAUUAGAAGAUUCUUUACAAGGUGAUUCUAAAACAUUAAUGAUUGUACAGAUUACAAAGAAUAAGAAAUAUUUAUCGGAAGCAAUUAGUAGUUUAACGUUUGCAGAUAAAAUCAGUAAAGUAUCUAUUAAAGGAUCAAGUAGUAAAAGUAGAACAAAUACCUCAACCCUUUCAUUAAUUGAAAAUGCCGAAAGGAAGAAGUACAGAAAAUCUAUAAGUGAUGUUACAAUAGAAUCAGACAUUUCUUUUAAAACAGAUUCAUCCUAA